AUGUCAUUUAACACUAACGUUUUUACUGACUCUUCAUCAACUUUAGGAUUAGGCUACAAUGGUGUUAAAGUAACUUUGAACUAUUUCGAUGGUCUACCGAUAUUGCAAAACGUUCAAUCUACUGACUUGCAAUUGUGUUUCAAGUCAUUACUAAAGCGAGCGAAUACUACCAAGGAAAAGGCUUUGAAUGAUCUUUUAUCCUUUAUACAAGAUGACGAUAAACUCUCUAUUUUCCAAGAUGAUAUGUUCAUACUAUCAUGGUGCCAAAUUUAUGCAAAGUUGAUCUCGUCUGAUUCGAAGACUAUAAGAAUCCAGGCACAUCAAUUCACUGCUACUUUGAUAGCGAAGUUUGGGAAACGUGUGUCCAAGUUUCUGAAAGAGCUUAUCCCAAUGCUUUUGAGUGGACUCUUCGAUGUAGAUACGGCGGUUGGAAGAUCAUGUUCUGAUAGUUUGCUCAACUGUUUCAAGGACUCUAAUAAAGUUAACUCAUUAUGGAAACUAUUCACCUCAGAGAUUUUAAAUUUUAUUAAACAGGUUAUUAUAGUAGAAACUGCAAAGUCCAUAUCCGAUGAAAGAUAUUACACAAAGGAAGACAUUUCAUUGAGAUAUAAUCAAUUAUUAAUUGCAUCCAUCCGCACUUUAACUAAACUUAUUAGUGUCGAGGAACUUACCACUGAUCAAAUGGAGACUUUGCACGAAAUACUCACAGAUGAAGAAUUCUGGAAUAACCUAAGUUUAAAAGAUACAAAAAAUUUGAAGGGAUACCAGUCUCUUUUACAUCUAAUGAUUGAACUUCGGUCUAGACAACUAUAUCGAAAAAACAAGGAAGCUUUGAAACUUGCCUCCAAGAAAUUACUCGUGUCGUUGUCACAAUGUAACGCAAAAACUCUUAUUUCAGUAUCAUCUGUUUUACCUGACAUUUUGAAAACGUUGUUGGAGAUGAACAAGUACAAAGAUGGUAAAUUCUGGUCUUAUGAAAAGAAAAGUAAAGAGCGAUUACUUACAUUCCUCUCAUUGGGGCCUGGAAUAUCGGAUCCAGUAUAUUACUCUUUGGCAUAUCAACUUUCUGCUGAAUCGAGCAUACUUGAACAUCAAGAAUGGCUCUCGAUCUGGAUCAAAUAUCUCGAUCAUGAAAAUGAUCGGCGGGUACUAGGUCGGAAUGGAUACAAGUCAUUGAUCGAGGCUUGGAAAAAUUGCAUCAAGUUUAGUAUUUCAUCAUCGGACCAAGACAGCAUUCAACAACUUCAUCCUAACAUCUUAAGGCUUAUCACCACCAAAGACCUAAAGGAAAUUCCUGAGCUUGUUUUAGAGUUAUCACCUACACGCAUCAACUAUGCUUUUUUAUACGAUCUAAUCAUUGAUCUACUUCCUUUGGGUAAAGGUGAAAAAAGAAAGGAAGUCUUACUUAUAUCCAAUACCUGUCUCAUUUUGUCCAGUGAUAUCACAACUAUGCAUAUGUUGAGCGUUGAAGUUAUGAAAUCUUUGGAGGAGUUGGAAAAUCCUGACGAUCUUCCUUCUUGUUAUGGCUUCAUUUUCUACGAUAACUUGAUCAAAACCAAUAACUUGAACCUUACCAAAGAGAUUAAUACUUUUAUCGACGUAUUACCCACGUUAGUCUCUGAGGCUUUCUUCAAAAUUCCAAUGGAUGUGAUGAUAGAUUUUUCAAACUCUGCAUUCUUAGCGAAUUCUACUUGGGAACAGUAUUUUGACGAUUUUAUAAUGGUUUUAUCCCAAUAUGAAACACCAAAGAAGGCAAUUCCUUCGUUUUUGGCUCGCUUGAAUAGUGAAUUUCUCUCAAAACUCAUGCAUUCAAGUCAAUCCUACAAGGAUUUCACCGAAGAUUUUGUCUCCACUUAUCAGUUUGAUGAUGAUUCUAUUUUCAAAUCAAAAAUACUAAACGGUUCUCUUCUACUCAGGUUAUAUGAAGCUUCUAAGAAGCAAGGUCAUGUCAAGGCAUUUAAAGAUUAUUGCACCGAAAUUCCAGAAACAAGCGAAGCAUAUAUAACUCUAUUAUCAAAUUCAGAUUUUCUAUCACAGAGUCUAAUUGUUGAUCAAAAAGUUACAAUACCAACUACAGCACAUUCUGACCAAACAAUUGCAAAUGCUGUUUUUAAGACUGUUCUCGAUACUAUAUCCGUUGAAUGCUUGAUAACGGAAGAUAGCAUUGAUGAAUUUGUUCUUCAACUACAACAGGAGUCCUUACUUACCAGGCUUUUUAUUAGUUUAGAUUUGGAAGUCAUGUUUUCCAGAUACAUCAAUAAAAUCGAUACACGCACAUCCGUCACUUCUCCCUUAGGCUUACUGCCACAUAUAUUGACAGCUAAAGGAGACGCUUCAUUAGUCGAUUAUUUGAAAUUGAUUAGACUGUCACAAGUUGUGGAUAAGAUCUUAACCCGGUUCCCAGAUGAAGUCAGUACUUCGCAUUUGUUGUUUUUAACGAGAUGCUACGAAUUAACUGCUGAUUAUAAUUGUUUGAGCGAUGAACAAAUAACAUAUUUCCAUGAAAACAACAUAUUCUCCUCCUGUGUGAAUGUCUCUUUCGAAGAUUUGAUCUCUUCAUUUACAGAAGACCAAAGCAAUGAAAUUCUCACUGUUCUCUUCGACAAGAACUCUUCGGAGGUCACAUCCUUUUACAAUUGCAAAAUUAUCUAUAGAAUUUGCCUCAACAGUGUUGACUAUCUCUCUAUCUCUCAGUUUGAUAAAAUUAUGGAUGGCUUCUUGCGAACUGCUAGAAGUUUGCUUUCUAGCAAGGCAUUGCUUGUCCCACGUACUCUUUACAUGUAUGCGAUUUUCGCUGCAAGCUUCAAGUUUAACACAGUAAGUGCCAAUUUAUGUGUCUUUAGAAAUUACCUCCUUUCUGAAUUAGUGGGCGUUAGAUGGUUAAGUGCUUCAGAAACACAGAAGUGCUUCGUCUCCAUGUUAUUUUUAUCACAAAUGCUUGAUUUCAACGUCGAUACAUUCAAUUCCUCUCCUCUAGAUGACAGGAGACUCAAUAUGGCAUUAGUAUCAGUAACAACCUUGAUGCAAAGUGAAGUAUGGUAUGACAAUUCCUCUAAUGAUGUGAGAUUGGUCAUCAUACAGUUUCUUGUUAAGCUUCACAAUUUACGAGAAGUUUUGGAUGCUUCAGAGAGACUAUUGGAUUGUUCAGUUCAACUAUUACAGGAUUGCCUUGGAUUUUUAGAGCUUCGGGAAUUUCAAUAUUAUGACGAACUACGGUACUAUGUCUUCGUAUUGAUAAACUGCAUUCAAAAUCCAACAGCAUUUUCAGAUGAAGUCGAUCUUGCAACUGUCAUUGAUGUGGCUUUUAGUAAUUCAGAUCUGGAAACAGCUGUCAGUACGGCAUAUUCUAAACCAUUGUCAGUAUUUUUGGGUGCCUUACCCUAUAAAGAGAAGUCAGGAAUAUUCGAUAGAUUACUGAACGAAUAUUUCAACCCCCAAACAGCUCUUGUUAUAAUGAAUGUUUUACUACCUGAAUUGAAAGCAAUUAUAAAGGAACAUCAACAAGAAAUGGUCAUAGAGUAUGAGUUGUUGAAAGCAACUAUCACACCUGCAUCUGCUACAGAACCAAGCCCAUCUCUUGGGCUAGAUUUUGAAAUACCUCCAACACUUCUUCAAUCUCUGGACGAAAGUAUGCCUCAUGAUUAUUUGGAGUACCAAGAUAAGAAAACGUUCAUGAAAUACUUGAACUACUGUCAUUUAUUGGUGUUUUACUUCCAGGAUAUAUCGUAUGAUUUGAGGCAGAGAUAUAUACAGCAGUUGAAGGGAAAGGACCUUAUCAAUCGUUUGCUUGACUUUUUAGCUGAUCAAAUGACACUCUCGUAUACAAAAUACUGGGAUAACAUAGACAUUCAGAAUGUUUUAUCGUAUCCGUACAGCUCGAACCGUGGAAAGCUAGAUCCAGUUGAUGAGUGUAAUAUGAUGAUGGAAUUUCUCAUGUACCACUUUUUUACCAUCUUUGGUUCUCUUGUGGGACAUUGGUGGAAUGCUAUCAAAAGUCGAACAUUUAAGGACACUGUCUCUACUUUUGUCACUCGCUACAUCUCUCCAACUUUGAUUACAAACGAGCUUGACGAAACAGACAAAGGUUUGAAUAAAUUCAAUAAAGAUGAAUUGAACUUAACUGUCAAAGUCAAUAGAAAUAAUAAUGAAAUCAAAGCUUCAUAUUUGAUUGACGAACAAAAGCUUGUGGUAGCUUUCAAACUUCCUUCUAAUUUCCCUUUGCAAAAUGUUCAAGUACAUGGUGUUUCCAGGGUUGGUAUAACUGAGCAACAAUGGAAAUCGUGGAUAAUAUCUACCCAGAGAAUCAUCAGUAACAUGAAUGGUAGUGUAGUGGAUUCUUUGGAACUCUUGUCAAAGAACGUUAAGUUACAAUUCAGCGGCUUUGAGGAAUGUGCCAUUUGCUACUAUGUUUUGCAUGCUAUUGACAGAAAAUUGCCUACGAAGGUUUGCCCAACAUGUAAUAAUAGGUUCCAUGGGGCAUGUCUUUACAAGUGGUUCAAAUCUUCAGGGAACAACACAUGUCCCUUAUGUCGUGGUGAAUUCAAUCUAAGAAAGUGA